AUGAACUCACCAAAACCACCGAAAAACCCCCGAAAUUCGCCGAAAAAAUCGGUGGAAUCGGCGAAAAAUAAAGAAAGAGGUCAACCGAGGAAAUCGCAAGCGGCGAAGCCAAUAGAAUUGUUCGUAGAAACCGCGAGAAGUCGGAUAGGAUUCCCGAAAAAAGGUCCAGGGCGAAAAUCGAGAUAUACGUCUAUAUGCCUCUACGGAUGCGCCUUUAAUCCAUAUGCCUAUCCAGAACACAAUCAAUUGGUUGCAGUCUGUGGAGAGACAAAUGUCCACGUAUUCAAAAUCACCGACGCUGACAAGCUCGAACACAUCUGGGCGACCUCUUUCGAGCCAUUAGGAAUAGCUACAGAUCGCAAGGAGAUUCUCUACUCGGUCGCUUGGGCCUAUGACACCUAUGAGGCUGAUCAUCAUCGUCCCGCCCAUAAAAUCGUCGCUGGAGGCGUUCUGGGACAUGUAUAUGUCAUCGAUUUGAAGACCAAGAAUUUGGAUAAUACCCUCCGAAGCUUCGGCGGCGAUAUCAACGACAUUCGUGUGAAUCCCGCCGAUUCGAACCUCAUCGCGUGCGCUUCCGGCGAUCAAUCGAUUCGAAUUCAUCAUAUCAGAAAUCAGUCAUGCCUUAUCACCAUCGGCGGACCUCUGAGUCAUCCGUCAGCUGUUCUCUCAGUGGACUGGAACAGCGAUGGUAACACUCUGAUCACUUGCGGAUUCGAUCAUCAACUCAUGUCGUGGGACCUAUCCGUCAAUCCAGCCAAAGAAUGGCUCGAUAAGACGUGUGACGAGCUGAAGAAUGGAAAAAAGAAUAUAUUUUUCCAGUCUAGCAGUGACGGAGACAGAUCGACAAAUAAUAUAAAAAUCACGAAAAAAAUCGGCGAGGAUACUGACAAGGCGUUUCUGAAGGAGGUUCAAGAAGAAUUGCAUCGUCCACACGAUAACACCCUCAAUAUCUAUGCUCCAUCUGCUGUAAUCACUGAUCUCCACUCGGACUACAUGGACUGUGUUCGCUUCUUGCUCGAUUCCGAGCUAUUCCUAUCCAAAGGUAGUGGAUGUGACCCCCAUUUGAAUAUUAGUCGAUUUGGAUUACCCAAAGGCAUCAAAACGUUCCCAGAGAGAAGAUCCGUCCUAGAACCUGAGCAAUCUGUGACCAAUUACGCGUGGUACAAGAAUCCAGAAGGAUGGUCAUGGUACCAUAAGUGUGCCAUUGAUCCGAUGAGAAAGUUUAUCGGUUGCGCUGGAUCCGGUGGAACGCUGUUCUUUUUUAAAAUUGAGGCCGAGGCGCCGACGGCUGAAAAUCAUGAACCAGUGCACAAAUUGAAGUUAACCGACGGCGGAAACGUUCGAAAUGUGGAUUUCUCGCCGUGUGGCCGUUAUGUCGUCGCAACGACUUCUGAUGGAUACGUCGUUCGAAUGGACAGAAUGCUCAGUGACGAUGUGAGGAUUUUUCGAAACGAUCCGGAUUUUUCAUUUUUGAGCUAUCGAAAAACCGAUUUUAAGGGGUUUACCCUUCAAAAUAUGCCCAGAAAAUCGCUAAUCAUGUCGUCAUCCCCAUCAAAAUCGUCUCCAGUUGCUCCCCUCACGAUCACCAAUUAUAGCUUCAUUCUCGCCGCCGAUAAUCACCUCCAAAAUGACCAAAAGAAGACGUUUCUCAAUGUAGAAUACGAGUACCAAAAUUCCACGCAUCACGCCCAGAUUCCAAUGCACAAGGACGAAUUUGCUGAAAUUCGAGGCGAUUUGAAUUCCAGUCGAAUUGUGGACCUGCUGAAAUCGAAACACUAG